AUGUUUGUAAAUUUUCGGCGAAUUCGAAAAUGCAAGUUGGUGCAGCUGAUGACUACCUGCCUGUUGCUGUCGGUGGCGAUGGUCUGCUGGGAGCAGCUGGACUCAGUUGUUGUCAGCCAUGUCAAGUCUUAUUCUUUCCGCUACCUGGUCAACCGGUUUACUUACAUCAACAGGAGCCUCACCAUCCCACAUAAGCAGGCCAGAAGUUUCAGCAACUUUCCCUACCUAUUGGACCACCCUGACAAGUGCACUGGUAAGGACGUCCUUCUUCUUGUCUUUGUCAAAUCAUCUCCAGAGAAUACCAAGAGGCGAAACGCUAUCAGAUCCACCUGGGGUAAUGAGACUUACAUCCAAAACACCCUAGGGGUGACAGUUAAAGUGGUGUUUGCCUUGGGAGCCAUCCAGCGUAAGACAAGUGAGCCUUCUUGGAACAGCAGAAGUGGAGCGGACUUUCAAGAACAGCUCAUCCAGGAGAAUGACCUCCAUGGAGAUUUGAUUCAGAAAGAUUUUUUGGACUCUUUCCACAACCUGACCCUGAAGCUGAUCAUGCAGUUCCACUGGAUGCACAGUCAUUGCUCUCACGCCCAUUUCUUCAUGACCGCUGACGAUGAUGUCUUUGUCCACACGCCCAAUCUGGUGAGGUACCUACAGGACACGAGCCACAGGGGCAUUACAAACUUGUGGAUUGGUCGAGUGCACAAGGGGGCACCGCCUGUCCGCAACAAGGACAGCAAGUAUUACGUUCCCUAUGAGAUGUACCAAUGGUUGUCCUACCCCGACUACACUUCUGGGGCUGGCUAUGUUGUCUCCAGUGAUGUGGCAGAUAAAAUCUACCAUGCCACGCUGACUCUGAAUGCUUCUCUUUACAUAGAUGAUGUUUUCAUGGGCAUCUGUGCCAAUGCUGUGAGUGUGUCACCACAGGAGCAUGUCUAUUUCUCAGGGGAGGGCAAGGCAAUUUACCACCCAUGUAUCUACAGGCAGAUGAUGACAUCACACGGCCAUGUAGAAGACAUUUACGAUUUGUGGACAGCAGCGACACACCCCCAGGUGAAGCAGGGGGCCUCUAGACUCUUUGAAAGACUGUACUGUACAGCUGUAAAAAUGGCUCUACUUUGUAAACCUCACUUUUUUGACACCUACCCUUGUAAAGCUGCAUUUUUGUAA